CCUCAUGAGGAAAAUUGAAAUGAUGUUCUUCACAUUUUACUGCUGGUUUAUCAUAUUCUGAAUUUUCCGCAUUCAAAUUUUGUGAAAGCUCGCGAAAGUGUGUAGAGCUGUGGUACAACUGAGUAGGGAUCCCCUCGUCCAAAGUACACGUUCUGCGUCGUGAUUUUAUCUGCGUUCGUGAAAAAUUACUUUGCGAAGUCACUCUCAAAUUUUAUCAACGUUUGGAAUGACUGAGAUGGAUGAAAACCAUAAUAAUGAACAGCAAUUUCUUGACAAUAGCUGUCUCUCUAAUGAGAUAGAAUCUUGUUUUGAGUUGAUGGAGUCUUCACAAGAGUCACAACUCUUUUUUAAACAUGAACCACUAGUAUUAUCGGCAGCAUUAGAAUGUAAGAGAUCCACAUCACCAAAAAUGGAGACAUGCAAACUAUGCUACAAAAGGGUUUCUUACUUGAAAAAGCAUAUGCUUGUGCACUCUAAAGAGAAGCCUUUCAAAUGUGAAGAGUGCGAUCAUUGCUGCUCCCAAAAAAGCAACUUGAACAGGCAUAUCAAUAGUAAACAUAGCAACAAGUAUGUUCGUUGUCCAGAGUGUGGUGUUAAUUUUAAACGGAAUGAUAAACUAAAAGAUCAUAUGACGAAGUUUCACAAUUGGAGCUUUUAGGUCCUUUCUUUAUGCUUGUACUAUUGAUUUAACAUAUGUGUACCCUAUAAAUAAGAUGUAAAAGUCUGAUUCCUUGUGAUUUAAUGUGAUUUUAUACAUGAUAAAAAGAAUAUGGAUUAUAAUGAAGCUUCAUUUGUAAUUUAGUGCUGUAAUUGGUAAGUCUGAGGAUAGCUUAAUAAUUUCAAAAAAGACAUGUUUGUUAAGGGCAAGACUGUUUUUAAUUAAAUCCUGAUUUAACUACAAUACAA